ACUCUGACCCCAAGAGCCAGCCGCGGAAGUGGUGGCUGGGACAUACCAUGUCGCCGGCCCUCGCCGCCAGCCUGCUCUCCCUCCUCUCCGUGGCUCUGCAGGGGAGCCCCCCUGCUCUCCCAACCAACUUCUCCCUGGUGAACGCCAGCGCGACCGGCCUGGAUUCAGUGUGCGGACGCCCACACGUGUCAGGCCGCAUCGUGUCAGGGCAGAAUGCCCAGCCAGGCCAGUGGCCGUGGCAGGUCAGCCUGAGGGAGCACGGACAGCACGUGUGCGGGGGCUCCCUGAUCACCGAGGCCUGGGUGCUGACUGCAGCCCACUGCUUCGACCAGAAGCAGCCCCUGUCCGCCUACUUCGUGCUGCUGGGUUCCAUCUCCUCCUACCCCCAGGCCGGGGAGCCCCAGGAGCUCCGCGCGGUGGCCCAGUUCAUCAAGCAUCCCGAGUACUGGGAAGAGAACAACAGAGCCGACGUGGCCCUCGUGCGGCUGGCCACACCUGUCACCUUCACUGACCUCAUCCUUCCAGUCUGCCUCCCCAAACCCGGAGACUCUCUGGGUCACGGCACCUGGUGUUGGGUCACCGGCUGGGGGAACGUCGCCACAAAUCUACCGCUCCCUCCACCCUUCACCCUGCAGGAGCUGUACCUGCCCCUCAUUGACACCCAGACUUGUAACCGCUACUAUCUGGAGAAUUCCGGCACCGUCAGCCCGGGGCCCGUCAUCCUCCAGGACAUGCUCUGUGCCGGCUUCGAGAGUGGACAGAAGGACGCCUGCGGGGGUGACUCCGGAGGGCCUCUGGUCUGCGACAUUGGUGGAGUCUGGACCCAGGCAGGCGUAGUGAGCUGGGGACAUGACUGCGCCCUCCCGAAAAGGCCGGGGGUGUACAUCAACGUCAGCAUCUACACCGCGUGGAUUGUCAACACCAUCCAGGGCUCAGCACCGGACGCCAGAAACUUCUCUCCGAUCUCUGCAGGGCUCUUCUUCCCUGCCAUGUUGCUGGUUCUGUAUCUGCUGGGGGACACGCUCGUCUCCCUGGGCCUCGCCUGACCGGCCACCCACCCUCUGUCCUCAGGGACCCUCUCUGGCCUCUGUCCCUCAGGAAGCCACCCCCUACCCACAUCUCCCCGACUUCAGACCCCGCGGCCCAUGGCCCGGCCCCACCUUUCGAGCAUCCCCCAUGGGCUUCGAGCUUCCCUUGCCCGCCCUGCCAGCCUGUGAGCCCCUGGGGACAGAGCCCGGUCUCCCCACUCCUCACCCACCAGUCACAUCUGAGUCCCAGGGUGCACCCACGCCCGGGGGCUCCUAUGGUGGGUCUCUGGGGCUCUCGGAACUGGGGUUCGCAGUCCCCCCCCCCGUGCUGGGUUGGUGCCUUUGCAGGCCUGUGGAUGUGAGAGGCAAUAAAGACAAGCCGGUAGAA